UAAUUAGGAAGUGGCAUCACAUUCAGUUACUUGGAUUCAGGCAAUGUUUAUUCUGAGAGAGAGCGGAGAACUCCACCAGUCAGUCUUUAUAAAGAGAAAUAUGAUACUGAGGCUUCUUCUUCUCCUGUUCUUGCAAGGAAUUGGAAGAACUUCAUCAGAUCCUUUCUGUGCCCAUCAGAUCAGAACCAUCAGAGUGACUGAGGGAGGUUCCGUUACCAUCCCCUGUACUUUCACUUAUAACAGGACCACAUAUGAAGAUGAGAAGUCAGAGAUCAGAACUGAGUGGGGGGUUGGUACCAGGAGGGACUGUGCAGAUUCUGGUACUCGCUAUGGUUUAUUAUCCAUAAGUGAAUACUCUGGGAGAAUCUCCAGGUCGGACCCUCCCUAUGGGAACAAUUCAGCAUCAAUCACUAUCCACAGGCUGCGCCCAACUGAUGGGCCAGUGAUCUGCUGCAGAGUACGGGCAUAUAGAGAAGGUCUACCCCCCUAUCCCUGGAACAGUAGAUAUGGGACCCUGCUGCUCUUUUCUGAACCUGCCCGGAUCUCUGUGGAACAGUUGGAUGUGAUUCCUGCCCUCCCAGGAGAAACCAUCACUAUCCCCUGUUAUGUACAUUACCCUCCCGGUGCCAGUGAGAGAGGGCAGAGCGUUACCUGGAGAAAGGGGCGAGGAGCACUCUGUAGAUAUUCUCAGACACUGGAUACACAAGAUGGAGCCGGUCGUUUCUCAGUGAUGGAUUCCCCUACUGAUGUCUCCCUGAGCAUUAACAGAGUCCGGAGAGAAGAUUCAGGAUAUUACUGCUGCAUUGUGGCAGAAAACAUUGUUUCUGGCACUGAGCUGGUUAUUGAAGAUACCAGCACCCAACCUGAAUUGCAGGUCCAUCAGUCCCAUAAUGCCACAGUGCCAGAAGGAGGCUCAGUCACCCUCAGCUGCACAUUUCAUCCCACAGAGACACCAUUGUGGGCCUGGAUUUACUGGAGAGUGGGGAGCCCCUCAGGGGAUUAUGCCUAUCACCCCAACAAACAAAUGGUUCAUUCCACUUAUAAGGGAAGAACAGAGCUCAGAGGGUCGGCACAUCUCCAUAUAGAGGGGGUGCAGAGAAAUGAUUCAGCCACAUAUUAUUGCAUAGUGAUCUUACGGUAUUGUGUGGCCAAUUCUAUACUCAAAUCAGUUACAAACCAUGGGCACGGGACUAGACUGGAUGUGACAGGAUUCAAUGUUAUCAUAACCAUCCGCUGUGUUCUAUUCUGCAUCAUCAUUCUCUGUGGGAUUCUGGGAUAUAUAAAGAUGAAAAAUAUACUGACAGAAAGCAGAAAAGAAGCUGCCCGAGGCUCGAGUCCCCCUCAAACGAUCACAUUGAGAGUUGCUAAUGACCAGGAAUCUGAUCCAAAUUAUUAUAACAUGGACCGUUAAUAGAUCAGAUUGGUUUACACUUUAAAGAAGGCAUCAGGCUGGCCCAAUGGCCUGGGAAACCAAGUGGAUAUUGCAAGGUCCCUAAGCUGUGACUGUGGGGGGGUGUUACUCAGCCAAGUAUCCCAGGAGGCCACAGGGCACCAUAUUACAGCUCGGAAUAAAAUAAAUUGUCUGUUGUUCAAAGCUCAGAUCCAGGGCCAGGAUGGAGGAACAUCGUUACUUGUCAUUAUCCAAAAGUUCAUAUCAGCUCCCCCAGAAGGAACUGCCUGCACCCUCGCCUGUAGGUAACAAUUUAGAGACAAUUAUUUUGCAAAAGAACAAGUAUGACCAUAAAGGUGCACCUCCCCUUCUUGGAUGUCCAAGACAAAGUAUUCAUUAUAAAUAAAAUGCACACUAUGGG